CAUUUGUGACCACUAAAUUAUAGGUGGGGGUCAUCUGUCCUUAGAUAACAAAAAGUAGGAGGUUGGACUGCAGCGUGGAAAAAUUCUGAGGGCAUCCUACAAAUGUGCUGGUGUACAAAUAACUGUGGGGGUAUUCCUGAUGGUGUUUCUGCAAACGUAAUGGGCUUUUGGAAUCCAGCAGGACCCAGGUCCGUCUCGCCCAGGAGGUCAGUGGCCAGCUCCGGCUGCAAUCUAAACACGACCCACACACGGGGUCGUUCAAACUGCAAGCCGAGGCAGAAUGGAGCGUUCAGCUGUGUCCAGACGCGACACUGAAACCAAAUAUCUUGACAUCUAUGUGGACGAAAAGGAGCCCAGAAAUGGCAUUGAAGCUCUCCUGAAAGAACUGCGGCCACUUUGGAAACCGACGGAGAUUAAAUUGAAGACUUUCACCGAUGGAAUCACAAACAAGCUGUUCGGUUGCCAUGUAGAUCAAGCCAUGGAAGAUGUUGUUCUCGUAAGAAUAUAUGGCAAUAUGACAGAACUCUUUGUGGACCGCAACAAUGAAGUUAAAAGUUUUCAGGCUCUUCGUGCUCAGCACUGUGCUCCAGAUCUUUACUGUACAUUUCAGAAUGGAAUGUGCUAUGAAUUCAUUAAAGGCACUGUCUUAAACAUGUGGCUACUCAGGGAACCAUCCAUUUACAGGCUUGUAGCCAAGGAACUGGCUCGAUUUCAUUCUGUUCAAACUGAUAAUGGCUAUCCUUCUGAACCAGUCCUUUGGAAUACUGUCUCCAAGUACCUGACUUUACUGAAUACCAACCAGCUCAAGCCACCAUGCUGCCCUGCUGUGAGUUGUCUGGAAAUGACUGACAUGCCAACUUUUGACAUUCUUGUCAGUGAAUUUGAAAAACUCAAAGAACACCUUUCCCAAAUUAAAUCCCCAGUGGUCUUGUGCCAUAAUGAUCUACUGUGUAAGAACAUAAUCUACAUUGAAGCAAAAGAACUCGUAAAGUUCAUUGAUUAUGAAUAUACUGGCUACAAUUAUCAAGCAUAUGAUAUCGGAAACCACUUUAAUGAAUUUGCAGGGGUGAGUGAAUUGGACUUCAGCAUGUACCCACCUAAGGAAUUGCAGUUAGAGUGGCUUAAGUCCUACCUGGAGGUAUUUAAAGAAUGUUCUGGUUGUGAACCAAUGGUGACAGACCUGGAAGUGCUGAAGCUCUAUGUACAGGUGAACAAAUUUACUUUGGCUUCACACUUCUCCUGGGGCCUCUGGGCUGUCCUCCAGGCCAGAUAUUCCACCAUUGACUUUGAUUUCCUGAGAUGGGAUUCAUUUCCACCCUGUUCCAAAAAUGUAAACGAUAAAACAGCAUUAAAGGACUUUAAACUACUUGAUGACAUUUUGGUCACGUUAAUGAAAACUGGCAUUUAUACCGAUUAGGACAAAUCAAUCAUAAGAUUGAAAUACUAUUGAGUGUUUCUCUCCUUGUAUUCAACCUACUUUCUUGGAGUGCAUUUGUAAAUUAUUAAAAUGUGAUUUGAAUAUUUCAAUGCUUUGAUUAAAACAUACAACAAAAUGUUAUCAAUUGAAUUGGCCCAUUUAAUUUGUUUUUUCAGUGCAUUUCAUGUUUUGUCCUGCUCAUAACUCAUCCCUUUCUAACUUAACCACUCAACGCAUAGUACUGUUUCAGUAGUCUUUUCCAGCUUUGGUGGUUACAUUAAUUGUUAAUGACAAAGGCAACCUUCACUCUGUGUGGUUUCCUGCCCACAUUUGGAUCAUUUACAGGGUCUUUUUCCUGAUAGGAAAUGCAAUAUGAGAUGUGCGAAAACAGUGCGUAUAUUGUAGUUUAAUUGGCUUUUACUGUCGCUCAUCCAAGUUCGGCGCGUGUGCUGUAGGGUGUCUGUUCCACAACAGGAAAGAAUAAACCCAGACUCAAAUCAUAGGAAAUUCAUCAAAUAUGGUUCUUGGAGUUCUGUCUUUCAAGCUCUGUUUCAUUGCCAUAUGAUCUCCAUAAACCGAAUUACUGUUGGCUUAGGUACAAGACUAAAGGCGCCUGGGGCUAGUUCAUAAUGAAAUCCACAUGCACGUGACAAUAGAAUGAUCAUGGAGAAGCAUGGAAAUUUCUCCAUUGGAUCACUUUAUUUCUUUUAUAAAAAUAAACUCACUAUACUUACUACACUUAAGGGAGGAACUGAUAAUUCACUUGCAGUUUGGAUGCAUGCGUGCCAAACCAUUAAUAGUGACAGGACUAAAUGGGUACUUAGACUAUCAGAUGUCUCAAACAUUUUUAUUGGAUGAAUAUAGUGUACUGUCAAACCUACCCUGCAGUAAGUAUAUACAUUUUAUUAAUGUUUCAGCUGUGUAUCGCAAAAGAUGAUGCAAAGUUUGACACUCGGUUUGGCUACUGUAAACCUUUAUGCAAAACUUUAAAGCAUAUAAAUGUUUUUACUAUUUCCCUUUUUGCAUGCUUCCCAAUCCAACAAUUCUUUUAUAAGAUUAGGUGUACCAUUAAAAGUGACACUUAAGUUGGAGGUAUGACAUUUGGUUAGUAAGGGCACGUGGUUGGGCCAGAAUUUAGUGUGGUCCUAACAGUAGAACAUUUGGCUCUGUCCCUCACUAUUGUUCCUGAUGGCACUUCAUUGCAUCACUUAGAAGUAUUUGCUUUUCUCAAAUCCUUUAAUUCACAUGGAAAAUUAAUGUUUAAUCACAACUAUAGUCUUUAUUAAGUUUUAUUUUUGUAGAUACAUUAAAUAUUAAGUGCAUGCAAAAUGGUACUGUCAGAGUCAUUUAAAUGGUCUGUUUCAACUUUCAAUCUAUGAAAGAGCUGAAGGUUGACUUGUUAAAAAAAAUCCAUCUCCAGUAAAACCAUGCUUUAUAUGUUUUUAUGAUUUUAAAAUAACAUUGUAAGUCUCUUAUUGUUGUGACACUUUAAUAUGCAGUUAAUCUGUUCCUGAAUUCUUAUUACCUUGAGAUGCCUUUUCACUCUUAUAGCUCCUUAUGUACAGGAUCAGAUCAUCAUCCAGACAUCCCUUUUGCAAUUUUCCCUCAUAAUUUUCAACAUUCACGCAUGAGGUUAACUUUGCAAUACUUACAUGCACUGUUGUUCAUAUUUACAUGUUUCAGCUACCAGAAAUGGACAUGGUAAUAAAAGUGCAGCUGGACUAGAUAGCUGUAGAGUUUAUUCAUAACUUCCUCUAUUUGUUUUGUUUAUAUAGGUCAGCAUUCCAUUGGCUUUUUUGUUUGCAGUUUGUAUUGACUGGACCUGUUAAAGUCUACAAAGCUCUCUUACAGCUUUGUUCUUCAUUAUUUCAAUACCAUUCAUGUAUUUCACACACUGCUUAUUCUUCCUUUUUAUGUAGAGUACUUUAUAGCUAUGAAGCACUUGCAUUAAAUUUUGUCUGCCCUUGUUCUGUCACUUGCAUAUUUGUUCAUGGAAUGUCUGAGUUGCUUCCUGUAAUACCACUGGUGUUGGAAGGUGCCAUUAAAUCUGUGUAGGUUCUUAGGACUGCAGGAUGUUGUAUAGACAGGGGUAAGCAGAAAAAUGACAAGAUAUCUAAAAUCCUAGUAUUUUGUUGAUUCUGAUGAUCUUCUGGUUCUCUUUCCUUUCCCUGUACGAUCUUGUGUUAAGGAUCAAAACUGGGAUUUUCUUGAGCAUGGCUACUAGUCUCCCGGAACCAUACAAAAAAUGAUUCCGAAUCCAAUUCUGCCCCCAGUAGGGGAGGCAAUUCAGAAAGGACAGAUGAGUUGCACAAAUUAUGAUAAUGUAUAGAAAAAUGACAGGAUCAACUUCUAACAGAUAGGUCUGAUAUGCUGCACAUAAUAAAGGAAAAUGGACAGCACAUAUUCUGUGAUGGUCAUCAGAAACCCAAAAACGUACAGCUAAUCCAGUUGUUUAGAAGUAACCCAAGGUUUGGAAGAAGAUGUAAAGAAUCCACAUUGCAACAUGGUGACAGAAUUGGA